AUGUCCCACAACAUUCUUAUCACUGGUGCCUCGGGAUACCUCGGGGGCUCUCUUCUUGCCCGUUGGGAAGAUGCUAACCUCCCUCCUUACGGGAUGCUCUAUGCUCUUGUUCGAUCAGGAGACCAAAGCCAAGCUGUGAAGCAGUACGGCGCUGAACCACUACUUUGUGAUCUUGGUGACCAUGAAAAGCUGCGCGAAAGAAUUAUCAGCAAUGAAAUUUCCAUCAUUUUCUUCCUCGUGGACUCUGCCAGCGACCAGCACCAGCCAACCAUGAUCCGCGCUCUACAUGAGGUCAAAACUAAGACAGGGAAAGAGGUUCACUUCUUGCACACUGGGGGCGCAAAGCACUUUAGUUCCCAUGCAGGCCUUACUACUGAGAAGCUGCUGCUUGAUACAGAUCCGGAUCUUUAUAACACCCUCAAGAAUUCCGUGGCACCACAUCCUUAUUUUGCUCAGACUACCAAAACCAAUCUCUCAAUAAUCGAUCUUUGCGAAGAGUAUGGAGUGCGAGGCUAUAUUUUUGUGCCUUGUAUUGUGUACGGAAAGGGAGAGGGAUUCGGCAACAAAAUCUCUAUUCAAGUUGUUGCCAUCAUCAAGGCUGCCCAUAAGGCUAGGCGAGUGUAUGAUGUCAAUGGCCUUGACGCGUCCUGGCCGGUUUGCCAUAUCGUGGAUAACUCUACGCUCUAUUUGCAAGUUUUACGAAAUAUGCUUCUUGGCACUGAGAUGGGCUACAAUAAGCAAGGUUUUUAUCUCGCUUCGUCCGGUAGUAUUAAUUGGCGCGAUAUCUAUCAUGCUUUUGCGGUGGCAUUGGCGAAGCGCGGUGUUGUGGAUGAUGAUGUCGUUAAGUCAGUGGACGAUGCAGCCUUGACGCAGAUGGCUGAGGGCUUGGGAGUUCCGGAAUCACUUGUACCUGUCAUGCUGGGUGGAAGAUGUACACUUACUCCUGUCCAUGGCGGUCAAAUUGGAUGGAAAUCUCAGUUUUUACCUGAGAAUAUUAUUGAGACUGCGGAUGACGAAGUUGACUUUAUUCUCGAGAACCUUGACUUGAAGAACUGA